UAUCAUACAUUUAUUGAAUCAGCAACUAAGUGAAACUCGUCGAAACAAAAAAACCAAACAACCAUUAGAACAAUUUUCGGAAGCGUUAAAACACGAGGGAAAAAAACAAUCAAAACGUCAAAAUGUAUCAUUAAGACACCAUAAUUUGGAAACUUUUCUCACCAUCAAGGAUGUCGAUACUAGCACUACAGCAUAUCGUGGUACUCUGUAUGAAUACGAAACUAUUACAUGUCUCCAAAAACUAUUUGGAAUUGUUACGAGAAGAGUGGGAAAGGCGGGUGAUGAUGGAAUAGAUUUUCGUGGUCGUUGGGUCUUACCGGAUGAAAAAAGGGUGAUGGUUAUUGGUCAGUGUAAAUCAUUGUGUAAUAAAUGUCCUCCUAGUGUAGUUCGUGAUCUUGAAGGCACAUUGUACCGCGAGACUCGAGGAACGAUCGGAAUUUUAUCUUCUUUAAGCGGAUUUACCAACGGAGCUAUAAAACGGUAUAAUGGAUCGUCACUUCCUUUAAUAUUGAUAACAGUCGUAGAGAAUGGUGCUAGAUGUGAAAUGUUUUCGUGGAACAAGGCAGCGGAAACUUAUUUAGAUGGAUUUCAGGUGACCAUAAAUUAUCAAAACAACUCGGAUUCAGAAAUUUUACAAAAAGAACCUCUCCUCUUAUAUAACAACGAAAAGUAUAUACCCGAUGAAAAGGAG